AGGCCGAGGGGCUCCGGGUGAAAUCGCCGAUUUAGGGGAGGGCGGGGGCGUGGCUUCCCCUCUGGGCGGGCGGCCACCUCGCGGUCCCUCCCCCAUCGGCUGCUGCCUCCGCGCGCCAAAAUCAAACCCGCCGAUCCGCCGGCCGGAGAGUCUGGGACGGGAGAGAGUUCAGCUUGCAGGUCAAGGCGAGUUCCGCCGCGGCGUGAACCUCGGCGCGCGCACCUGCGGCCACCUCCAAGCCCUCCCUGCCUGAAGCGCUCGGAGCUGCCAACAGGAGAAGGCAUGGCCACCCCACCCAAGAGGAGCUGCCCGUCUCCCUCAGCCAGCUCUGAGGGGACCCGCAUCAAGAAAAUUUCCAUCGAAGGGAACAUCGCUGCUGGGAAGUCAACAUUUGUGAAUAUCCUUAAACAAGUCUGCGAGGACUGGGAGGUGGUGCCUGAACCUGUUGCCAGGUGGUGCAACGUUCAGAGUACUCAGAAUGAAUUUGAGGAACUGACAACAUCUCAGAAAAGUGGCGGAAAUGUUCUUCAGAUGAUGUAUGAGAAACCUGAACGAUGGUCUUUUACCUUCCAGUCAUAUGCCUGCCUUAGUCGAAUACGAGCUCAGCUUGCCGCUAUCAAUGGAAAACUCAAAGAUGCAGAGAAACCAGUAUUAUUUUUUGAACGAUCUGUGUAUAGUGACAGGUAUAUUUUUGCAUCUAAUUUGUAUGAAUCUGACUGCAUGAAUGAAACAGAGUGGACCAUUUAUCAAGACUGGCACGACUGGAUGAAUAACCAGUUUGGCCACAGCCUUGAACUGGAUGGGAUCAUUUAUCUUCGAGCCACUCCAGAGAAAUGCUUGAAUAGAAUAUAUUUACGGGGAAGAAAUGAAGAACAAGGCAUUCCUCUUGAAUACUUGGAGAAACUUCACUAUAAGCAUGAAAGCUGGCUCCUGCAUAGAACACUAAAAACCAACUUUGAUUAUCUACAAGAAGUGCCUAUCUUAACACUGGAUGUUAAUGAAGACUUUAAAGACAAACAUGACAGUCUAAUUGAAAAGGUAAAAGACUUUUUGAGCACUUUGUGAUCUUGCUGAAGACUACACGCAGCCAAAUGAUUCCACCUUCUUCAGCUUUGUAUAUUUGCAUGGGUCCAUUUUCAUAUGUCUCUCUUCUAAACCCAAGUUUUUAACUACUAUUAUUCCCCCCCCCCCAAAAAUUUUUUUAAUGAAUCCUAUACAAAAGUUUAUAACUAGCUUUUUUUUCCCCCCUCUUUUGGGGGUUUAAAGAAACAAGGACAUCUAAGUAUCCCUUACAAGAAGGAGUUUUGCCUUAGGUGGUUCCAGAAUCGUUGCAGUAGUUAAGCUACAUCAUAAAGGAUCCAGCCUCCUUUUGUCUUUCCUCUCUUAUCCUCCUCAGCUGCUUGAAUUUUUUUUUCCUGGUGCUUCUCAUCUCAAUGAACAGUUUCUUAGCUGGAACUUUAAUGUUACAUAGUAAAUGGUAAUGUGUCCUGUGUAAGUAAAUUAGUGUAUCUAUUAAAAAUUGAAAAGUGGAAUUUAAGAAAUCCAUCAAAAAAGGAUUAUGAGGUUCAUUGCAAAUACUUUUGAUCAGGUGCUUGCCCUUCCACCUUAAUUGAUGUGUGGAAGUUAAGAUCAGGUUUAAUAUUUAAUCACUUCACUGAUAUUUAUUAAGGUGUCUAUAACACAUUUGUAGAGUGGCAGGUUAGACUUUGUUCCCAGUUUGUAAUGACAUAAUUUACAAGUCAUUUAGUCUUUUUCCUGCCUUUGUUUCUACAUAUGUGGUAUGAGUGAGGCUUUAUCUUUUGCAUGGAAUUUUAGAGGAUUAAAGAGGAAAUGUUGCUGCACUUAAAAAGAUAACUGAAGAUUAUUACAUGAGUAUAAAGACUAAAUUUAUUUGGAACUUCAAAUAACUGCCUGCUUUUUCCUGUCACAGACCAUUCUUUUAGAAUGGAGUAUUACUAUUCCAGUUAAAGAGUUGGCUUAAAUUCUGAUUGUCUUUAAAUCAUUUGAGGUGGAAUUACAGUUUUCCUUAAAUUUCUAACCAUUUUUAUAGGUAAAACUUUAGUGGGACACAGUGAGGGAUACAUUUUUCCAUUAUAGUUUUUACUGAUGCUGUGCUGGAAAUGAGUAGUUUUUCUUUACCUUUAUACUUGGUGAGAAGCAUAAAAGGAAACUGAAAACAAGGUAGAUGAUCUUCUUAGCAGUUAAGACUGCUUAGCUGGUCCCAGCUCGUAUUUCCUGCCACUGUUCUACUUUCCCUGCUCUCUGGAUUAAUAGGCAACCUGCUAUUUUAAAGUUUUAUUUAAAAGUAAAUAAAAGUCACACAUUUCUACUUUGAGAGCAUCAUUACUCUUCACUUCAUAGUUUUGCUGCUCUGUUGAAUUAUAUCUUAAGUAUUUUUUUCCUCUCCUUUUAGAGAAAUUACUGAUAAAAAUGAUCUUGCUUUAUUUUGUAUAUCUUGAAAGCAUUAUCAUGUUUUGUUGAUUAGAAAUUAUACAUAUUAAUAAAGAGGGCAGGGUACAGAAUAGUUGUAAUUUUUAAAAAUCUGCAUGGAUUUAUUUUAGUUCUAUAUAUAUAGGUUUAGAUCUGUAUGUAUAGAUUUUUUUCAGCUUUGUUUAAGAUGUGCAGUGUGUUUUAUUUGUAUUUAACCUUUCUACUUGACACUUUAGAAAAACUCUGGUUUUUUAAAUGAGAGGAAAGUUACUUUGAAACUAUCAUUUUCCUUUUUAAAAUAUCUUGUGUUUAGUUUCUUGAUGUUUAAAGAUAAUAAUUUAGUGAGUUAAAUAGUUUAGAUGCACUGAUCUUUGAAUGAGAGACUUGUUUCAGACCUAUAAUUGCCAUAAAUAUUUGUCUCAUGAUAUUGUAUGAAUUUGUUUUUGUUUGAUAUAAAUGAAUUUGUUUAUUAAAUUAAAUAUUUGCUUAAUAAAUAAAUAUAAAUCUCUUGAAUUCUAAUGAGCUACACUCAUUGAAAUGAUUGCAUCUUUUUUAGAAUUAAAAUUUAUUCUACUUUUGAAGAAAAUUAUGAAUAUAAAAAGGUUGACAGUGGUUUAUAUAAAUUAACAUUGAUUUUAAAUGGAGACCUGUUUCAGAGAUGUUCCAUAACCUUUAAAAAUGAUUAGCUUAAUAACUUUUUAAAUCUGUAAAAUUGAAAAGAAGCUUAAAAAAUUACUGUUUGUCAUGACUCAAAAGCUGUACCGCUGGAUGAGCACGAGAGUAUUGAGCCUAGCUGUCUGCGUUAUCUGUUGGAUCCUGUCUCCAAAUCAAAUCAUCUUUCUUCAAAGUAUAUGUACUACUUUUUAUAGUUUUCUCUUCUGAGAAGGUAAUCAGUUGUACAAGACUUAUCCCCUCAUUAAGAGUUUUCUUACCUUCUAUGCCUGGAAUUUACAGCAGUGUUUAUUCAAGCCCCCAGAAGUUAAGUCUGUUAUGUUUUAAAGGACAAGAAGUCCCAAAAUGUUUUUUACAUAAAGGUGUAUAUUUCAAUACCUCCAGAAAAAUGCUGAAUAAUACUUAACAUACUUAGAGUAUUUACAAAUCCUGGUAGACAAUGGCCUUCCUCAUUUGAAAAUCUUACUUUUCUUUAAAAAAAAGAAAAAGUUUUUUAGAAAUAAUUUAGACUCACAGAAGUUACAAAAUGAUCAGAGCUCCUGUGUAUCCCCAUGGUAACAUUUUACUUAACCACAGUAUAUUAUCAUGUCCACGCAAUUGACUCUGGUACACUGGUGUUAAACUAAACUACAGAACUUAUUUUUAAGUCUUUAUUUUUAUUUUUCAGAAAUGUUUUAGGUUUACUGCAAAACUGACUGAAAAGUACAGAGCUCCCAUAUACUUUCUGCCCUGACCCUUGCACAGCUUCCUCCAAUAUCACCAUCCCCCAACAGAGUGGUCCAUUAAUUAUAAUCAGUGAACCUAAAUUGACACAUCAUCAUUAUUCAAAGUUCAUAGUUUGCAUUAGAGUUUACUCACUGUUGUAUCUUCUUUGGGCUUUGACAAAUGAAAAAUGACAUGUAAUCACCAUUGUAGUAUAGAAAAUAAUUUCGCUGCCCUAAAGAUCCUCUGUUCUGUUCGUCCCUCCCACCCUCCUAACCUCUGGCAGUCACUAAUCUUUUUGUUGUCUCCAUAGUUUUGCCGCCUUCCAGAAUAUCACAGAGUUGGAAUCAUUCAGUAGAGAGCUUUUUCAGUGGCUUCUUUCACUUAGUAACUUGCAUUUAAUUCCCUCUAUGUCUUUCAUGGCUUGAUAGUUCAUUACUUUUUAGCACUGAAAAAUAUUCUGUGGUCUGGAUGUACCACAGUUUAUCCUCUCACCUACUAAGAUAUAUCUUGAUUGCUUCCAGGUUGGGCAAUUAUAAGUAGUAUAGAUGUUGGUGUACAGGUUUUUAUGUGAACAUCACUUUUCAAUUCAUUUGAGUAAAUACCAAGGAGUACAGUUGCUGGACCGUCUAGUAAGAGUAUGUUUAGAUUUCUGAGAAAUUGCCAAACUGUCUUCCAGAAUGGUUGUGUUAUUUUGCCUUUCUGCCAGCAAUGACGAGAGUUCUUGUUCCUCCACAUCCCUGUCAGCAUUUGUUGUUGUCAGUGAUUAGGAUCUUGCCCAUUAAGGUAGACUGUUGUAUUUUAUUUUAAUUUGCAAUUCCCUAGUACAUAUGAGGGCUUCCCUGGUAGCUCAGCUGGUAAAUAAUAGACUUGCAAUCCAGGAGACCCUGGUUCAAUUUCUGGGUCAGGAAGAUCCCCUGGAGAAGGGAUAGGAUACCCACUCCUGUAUUCUUGGGCUACCCUGGUGACUCAGACGGUACAGAAUCUGCCUGCAAUGUGGGAGACCUGGGUUCGAUCCCUGGGUUGGGAAGAUCCCCUGGAGGAGGGCAUGGCAACCCACUCCAGUAUUCGUGCCUGGAGAAUUCCAUGGACAGAGGAGCCUGGCGGGCUACAGUCCAUGGGGUCGCAAAGACUCCGACACGACUGAGCGACUAAACACAGCACAGUACAUAUGAUGUUAAUUGUCUUUCUAUCUGUAUAUCUUCUUUGGUGAGGUAUCCGUUAAGAUCUUUUGUCUGUUUUUUUAAUUGAGUUCAUUUUCUUACUACUGAGUCUUAAGUGUUUCUUUUUUAUAUAUUUUAGGUAAUUAUCCUUUAUCAGAUGUGUCUUCUGCAAGUAUUUCUCCUAUCUGUGGUUUGUCAUUUUCUCUUGACAUUGUGUUUUGCCAAGCAGAAGUUUUUUAAUUUUAUUGAAGCCUAGCUUAUCAGUUAUUUCUUUCAUGGAUCAUACCUUGUGUUGUUAUCUAAAACGACAUCACCAUACCAAGGUCACUUAGGUUUUCUCGUAUGUUAUCCUCUAGGGGGGUUAUAAUUUUGCAUUUUAUAUUUAGAUCUAUGAUCCAUUUUGAUUUAAUUUUUGUGAAGGAUGUAAGAUCUGGGUCUAGAUUUUUUUUUUUUUUUUUUUUGCAUGUGGAGGUCCACUUGUACACUGUUUGUUGAAAGACUGGCUUUAAUUGAAUUACCUUCUCUUCUUUGUUGAAAAUCAAUUGACUAUAAUUAUGUGGGUAUGUAUCUAGGCUCUCUAUUCUGUUCCGUUGAUUUAUUUGUCUCUUCUUUUGCCCAUGCCACACUGUCUUGAUUACUGUAACUUUAUAUUAAGUCUUAAAGUUGGCUAAUCUUGCAUUUGCUAGAGGCAUGAGCUACCUAGGUUUAGUAAUAUAUUGGAUGUUUAUUGAGGUGAUCCUAAUAAGGUUUUUCUUCUUUAAAGAAUUUAUUUGUAUAAUAAAAUUACUUUUUCUCAUCUUCAGUUUGAUAGUUGAAUAUUGAAAAAUGAAGGCAGACUUGAUAUAUUUCAUUUUUUCACUUAGUCUAUGUAGUGCCUUGAAAUUUUGUCAUUAAUUAUUAAUUAUAAAAUGUAUUAGUACUGAGAUUAAUAAUGCCAAAAUGUUUAAAUAUAGUCUUCUCCCGUAAGAACUGUUCAGUAGUGACUUUCUGCUAUAACAUCUAUUGUUGUUCAGACAGUCACCUUUUUUUCUGUCCUUGGGUAUAAAGAUUCUUCCUACUCUUAAAAAUAUAUGAAAGUACACAGUAAAGAACAAUAUUUAUACAUUUCCAUCUCAGACAAAAGCAUAAUAAUUUACUAUAUAUGCAGAGAUUAUUAGAACACAUUUGAAUUAUACAUUAGGUAAAUUUACUUUGCGUAAGUAUGUGAAAUGAGAGGAAUGACAAAGUUAUAUCUUCUAGGACUCUUGUCUAUUAUGUACAGAUGCUAUUUCCGUGUGUUUUGAAGUUUCUGUGUUAUUUUAUAUUGUAACUUGAUUUUAAGUGGAGUUUGAACACAGGAUAACCAUUGGUUCCCAAAAAGGGUGGAAAAUUGGAGGGAGUAAAUGAUACAGAAAGCAGAAUUCACCUGAAUGAUUUCUUUAUCCUCCUCUACCAACCAUCACCAACUAUCAAAUGUUCUUCUUUGGCAAGUACAGUAAACCUUGUUUACAAUGUGUUUUAUGCACAAUGUAUAUUGUAUGUUUCUUGUAAACUUGUUAUUGCUUAUGCAUGCAUGCUAAGUCGCUUCAGUCGUGACCAACUCUGUGCGACCCCAUGGACAGCAGCUCACCAGACUCCUCUGCCCACCGGAUUCUCCAGGCAAGACUACUGGAGUGGGUUCCCAUUUCCUUCUCUGAUUAAUCGCUAAGUCAUCCUAACUCUUUGGAACCCCAUGGACUAUAGCCCACCAGGCCCCUCUGUCUGUGGGAUUUCCCAGGCAAGAAAACCGGAGUCAGUUGCCAUUUCCUUCUCCCAUUAUUGCUCAAUCAAUGCAUUUUUGGAAUCUUGGGAUAUAUAAUCCAUUGCCCUAUUAUAAAAUUAACGGAAAAUAUUUCAUUUAAAGAUUUUUACUUAGUGAUAAUGCUUUUAGGAAUAAAAGGCAUUAAGUGAGAUAUAGGUAUGUCAUUUGAGUUUGAUUCAGUUUUACCUACUCCUUUCCCUACCUUUUUAAAGACUGUUGUGACUGCAGCUCUGUAAUUGUAUGUUUCAUGCCUGUGCUGAGUCAUGUCACUCACCAGGCUUCUCUGACCACGGGAUCUCCAAGGAAAGAAUACUGGAGUGGGUUGCCAUAUCCUCUCCAGGGGAUCUCCCUGACCCAGGAAUUGAACCCGCAUGUCCUACGUCUCCUGCAUUGGCAGGCAGAUUCUUUACCACUGAGCCACCACCUGAGAAGCACUAAUUGUACAUGUAAUGGGUAUAAAUUCUUCAUACUAUAUUGAUGUCCUCAAGAGUAUCUUAUAUCAAUGAAGAGUUGGAUUCGGUUCAAAAAUUUCACACUAAGUUCUGUUUUGGCAGAUUUUGAGUUGAUAAAUAUCAAAGUGUUUCUUUUAAGUGUUAAGACUACCUCCAAAGAUUAUUAGUAAUAUGAAUACCCUUUGAAUUCAUUUAAUUUUAGUUCUGUGCCUAGAAUAAAAUAAGUUCUAUAUAAA